UGGCCAGAAGAGGCAUCGUCCAGAGACUGGAGAUCGCCGAGACCUUCAAAACCUCCUAUGGAAAGGACCUCAUAUCCGAGCUCAAGAGUGAGCUGGGGGGAAAGUUUGAGGAUGUUAUCGGUAAGUCCGGACUUAGUAGUGAUGGUAUUUGCGUUUCGUCACAAUGUAUGAGAACGCCUGAAGUUAUAUAGUGUGGGCUCGGUUGACAACUCCGUUAUUAAGCAUUUUAUCUAAGUCAAAUACAAAAAUGGUAGCCAAUGGUAUACUCCUGACUUGGAAAACAGUUUUAUUUCUACAGGGUGAUCCAUAACUACGUGGUGACUCUAUUUUUUUAAAUGGAAAUCUCUACGUUUUAUUACAGAUUUGUAUAGAGUUUUUUAAAUGAAGCAAUUCCAUAUAACAUUGCCAAAUUGUUGUGAGAUAUUAGACAUUCGAUCCAAGUAAGUAAACGAUCUGCUUUGACAACUCGCACCUUGCUAGAGAUGAUCCCAUAUCUACUUACUUUUUCAGUUCCUUGAAUUGUUUAUACAGGAUACUCAGUAAGUAAAUUUGAAACAUUUCUCAAAAUUGUCAAUUGGAACACCGUGUAUAUUUUUAUAUUUUUUGAAUGCGCUUCACGAGCUGUUAUCUGAUAUAAGCCUUAUAGGAGUUUCUGAGUUAAAGAACACAGGGACGCCUUUUUGACUUUCCAAUUGUACUGCAUGAUUCUGAGUAAAUUCAAUUAAUAAUUAAAAUACAGCAAUUCUAAAGAUCUCUCACUGCCAACUAAAAGCUAUUUUUCAUUUUCAAAAGUCUUGUAAUAUUUUUCAUUUACUUUAUCUGAUUUACAAAAAGCUUGGCUGUAACUCAAAAACCUUCACAAACCUUAUAUCAAAAAAAGCUUGUAAAAAGGGGAAUCAAGGAUUGUGGAAAUAUACAGAGUGCUUCAUUCAAAAUUUUUGAACAAUCACGCAUUUUGCGUUCUUGGUCACUCUGUAUGAACCAUCUGUUCAGAUGGAGCUUUCGAAAAAGUUCAUUUUCUUCUUUAGGACAUACUACAAAUAAUAUUGCAUGUAAAUUCUUAAAUUCAAACAACUUACAAUGUUGAAGCGUAGUUUCGUGAGAAAAAAUAAUUUACAGGUCUCAAAUUAAGGUACCGGUCAGUACAUACCACUUUCCGAAAGAAGAACUUUAAAAGAUUGUGUGGUAUUAUAUAUUGCUGAUAUAAACAGCAAGACGGCAUACAACAGCCCCUAGAUAAUUUUUUCAAAAGGAGGGAUGGAAAGCAAUAACUGCGCAUGGGUGAUUUGACAACGUUGCAAAGAUCGUAGGUUUUCUGGAACAUUGACUUCUUCAAUGGCUUGCAAUGCAAAUUUUGUGCUUCCAUUUCAUUUGUUUUUUCAGUUGCCCUGAUGACACCCCUACCUCAAUUCUACGCCAAAGAACUUCAUGAUGCUGUUGCCGGACUAGGAACUGACGAAGAAGCUAUCAUUGAAAUUUUAUGUACACUCUCCAACUACGGAAUCCGUACCAUUGCCCAGUUUUACGAACAAAUGUAUGGCAAACCUCUAGAAAAAGACUUAAAAGGCGACACAUCCGGCCAUUUCAAAAGACUGUGCGUUUCUUUAGUACAAGCAAAUCGCGAUGAAAACCAGGGUGUCAACGAACAACAAGCCGUGGCUGACGCCGAAGCCAUGAUCGCCGCCGGAGAAUCGAAAUGGGGCACAGAAGAGUCAAUCUUCAACCAGGUCCUGAUUACCAGGAGCUACCAGCAGCUCAGAGCUACCUUUGCCGAAUACGAAAGGCUCACAGGCAAAGACAUCGAGGAAUCUAUCAAGAAGGAGUUCUCUGGGGAUAUCCAAAAGGGACUCUUGGGAAUUGUCAAAUGCGUGAAGAGCAAAGUAGGUUACUUCGCAGAACGCCUGCACGAGGCGAUGGCUGGUUUGGGUACCAACGACAAAACUCUCAUCCGUAUCAUUGUCUCUCGUUCAGAAAUCGACUUGGCUGACAUCAAGCAAGCCUUCCAGGACAAAUAUGGAAAGGCUCUGGAAAGCUGGAUAGCGGGCGAUACAUCCGGCGAUUACAAGCGGGUCCUUUUGGCAAUCCUUGGCAACUAAACCCCUUUGGUUACAGCGCACUGAAAUCCUUAGAUAUAUAGUUACAUAAUAUGCCUUCACACUAAAAGCAUAAGCUUAAUUUCAUAUACUGCCAUCUUAUAUAGAAAUGUUGUUUCAACUCUCACGAUAUUUUUGUAUGUUGUUUUUUGUUUACAGGACGAUUGCAAGAGCGAAGUUAAAUAUCUUUUGAGGACGCUUUGUUUCGGUUAAAUUGUAUGUCAGGUCUCUCUUUCGAUGUUCGCUAAUGUCAGUGUUAGUGUAAAUGGUCAUCUGUUUGCUACUCAAAUCAACAAUUUAAAGCUCCAAAAAAAAAACAAUGCAAACUCCCUCAAUCCUUUCUCCUUAUAUAUUCCGAUACCGAUAUCAUUUUAGGUACUGUAGAGCAUAUUUUAUUAAUUGCAUAUUAGAUAGAAUAUACAAGUUCCACUUAGCACACGCUUUGUCUCUGAACUUCUACCAACCAGAUGAUCAUAAAUGUUGUUAACUUUUCUCGAAUGUUUGAUGUUAAUACCUGAAUACUUCCCUGUUCACUUUAUUAAUACAGAGGCCUUAAUGUUACGAAUAUAGAGAAUCCUCACAAUUCAGAUGUUCUAUGAUAUUAUGAAAAGUUGUAUUUUUUGUUUUACUGAGUAUAGAGAGGGUGCGGGACAUUUCCAUACUAUUUAUAAAUCAUAAUUUUUAUAUGUUUUAUGUAUGUUUUCGAAUUAUUUUUAAAUGUUUGUAUAUGUUAGCUUGUACUCGGUGCUUAAUAAAACAUGUACAUGAAA